AUGAUGCCGCAGCCGCAGCCAGGGAUGGCCCCGCCGCCGCCGCCCCCGCAGGCGGGGGUCGCCGGGGGCGGCGGCGCGCCGCCGCAGUGGGGCGCCAUCCCUCCCCCGGUGCCGCACCAACAGCAGCAGUACGCGCCGCCGCCGCCGCAGAUGUGGGGCCAGGCUCCCCCGCCGCCGCCGCAGAUGUGGGGCCAGGCUCCCCCGCCGCCGCAGCCCGCGUACGGCCAGCCGCCGCCGGCCCAGGCGGGGUACUACGGGGCGCCGCCGCAGGCGGCCCCGGCCGUCCCCGCGGGGCCCAACGAGGUCAGGACGCUCUGGAUCGGGGAUCUCCAGUACUGGAUGGAUGAGAACUACAUCUCCGCCUGCUUUGCGCCCACCGGCGAGCUACAAUCUGUGAAGCUAAUUCGUGACAAGCAGACUGGACAACUUCAGGGUUAUGGCUUUAUUGAAUUCACAUCCCAUGCUGGUGCUGAAAGAGUUCUUCAAACAUACAAUGGGGCAAUGAUGCCAAAUGUUGAGCAGACAUACCGGUUGAAUUGGGCCUCUGCUGGUGAAAAACGUGAUGAUACCCCUGAUUACACAAUUUUUGUUGGUGAUUUGGCUGCUGAUGUUACAGACUACAUAUUGCAAGAGACGUUCAGGGUACAUUACCCAUCUGUGAAGGGUGCAAAGGUUGUGACAGAUAAAAUGACAAUGCGUUCAAAGGGCUAUGGCUUCGUCAAAUUUGGUGAUCCUUCCGAGCAAGCCCGUGCAAUGACAGAAAUGAAUGGGAUGGUUUGUUCUUCAAGACCUAUGCGUAUCGGCCCAGCUGCAAAUAAGAAAGCAACUGGAGUUCAAGAGAAAGUACCGAGUGCUCAAGGAGUUCAGUCUGACAGUGAUCCUAGCAAUACCACUAUAUUUGUUGGUGGCCUUGAUCCCAGUGUCACUGACGAUAUGUUGAAACAAGUUUUCACUCCCUAUGGAGAUGUGGUCCAUGUUAAGAUCCCAGUUGGAAAAAGAUGUGGUUUUGUUCAAUUUGCUAACAGAGCUUCUGCAGAUGAAGCUUUGGUACUUCUACAAGGUACCUUGAUUGGAGGACAGAAUGUGAGGCUUUCAUGGGGCCGCAGCCCUUCAAAUAGACAAGCUCAGCCUCAACAGGAUUCCAACCAGUGGGGUGGUGCUAAUGCUGGAUACUACGGUUAUGGGCAAGGAUAUGAGGGUUAUGGGUAUGCUCAACCUCAGGACCCUAAUAUGUACGGGUAUGGAGCUUAUGCUGGUUAUCCCAACUACCAACAACCCCUAGCUCAGCAGCCGCAGCAGCAACAGUGAGAUCCAAUGGAAGAUUUGGUUUUCGAGACUGAUCAAAGCCGUCGAACGAGGUGAUGCUUCUGCAUUCCGGAGCAUGUCUGGGUUAUGUCAAUAGAGAUUGUGAUUUGUAGUUCUCCAGAUUUUGACUGCUUAUGAGGUGUUUUGAUUAAGCGACAUGUUCUGUACUUCUGUGAGCCUGGGCUGGUGCACAUUGUGAUUCUGUCGUACAUGUGAACUGCAUGUAGUAAAAAAAUCUUUCGUGGUUUGUUUUCUGCCUUAAAAUUAUCAUUGCUUUGCUGUUAUGUAUUCUGCACAGCUUGUUACCCAGAUGGAUGUCAUAUGCCAUUCGAUUUUGACCUAGCAUCGACUGGUUGAAAUUA